UCGUCAGCAUCACAGUAAAAUUAACUUUCAGAUACCCAUCAAAAAUGGCAAAACGGAAGGUGGACACUGAGAACCGGGGGUUUCAAACAAGGUGGGAGUCGGAGUAUAUGUUCACGGAGGUAGCUGGAAAACCUGUGUGUCUUCUGUGUGGAGAAAGUGUGGCGGUACUGAAAGAGUAUAAUCUGAGACGACAUUAUGAAACGAAACACGCGGACAAAAACAAGAAUAUGGACAUGGAACAAAGGCUACAAAAGGCAGAGGAAUUAAAACGAGGCCUCAAAUCUCGACAGGCUCUGUUCAAAAAAGCCAAAUCACAAGGCCAGGCUGCUGUCAAGGCCAGUUUUAUUUUGGCAGAAGAGAUCGCUAAAUCAGCCCGGCCAUUUACGGAGGGGGAUUUCAUCAAAAACUGCAUGAUUAAAGUUUGUGACGAAGUUUGCCCAGAAAAAAGGCAACUCUUUUUAAAUGUGAGUCUGAGCAGAAACACCAUUGCCGAGAGAGUAGACCAGUUGUCCAUCAAUCUAAAAGAGCAGCUUGUGAAAAAGGGAAAAGAUUUCAUUGCAUAUUCCUUGGCUGUGGAUGAGAGCACCGACAUUUCUGACAUUGCCCAGUUGUCAAUUUUCAUCCGCGGAGUGGACUCCAGCCUAAGCGUGACAGAGGAGUUUUUGGCUUUACGUCCUAUGCAUGGCACAACUACGGGGCAUGAUUUGUAUGAAGAGGUGUCAAGAUGUGUAAAUGAGAUGGAGCUGCCUUGGGAAAAACUCGUGGGUUUGACAACCGACGGAGCACCUGCGAUGUGUGGACACAGGAGCGGACUGGUGGCGAAGAUACGGGAAAAGAUGCAAGAGGAAAACGCGACAGGUGAGCUGACAGCUUAUCAUUGUAUCAUACACCAGGAAGCGUUGUGCGGUAAAGCCUUGAAAAUGGAGCAUGUAAUGAGCAUCAUCACGCGCACAGUUAACUUUAUCAGAGCCAAAGGUUUGAAUCACCGCCAGUUCAAGGCAUUUCUGACGGAGUUAGAAACGGAGCAUGGUGAUUUGCCUUAUCACACAGAGGUGCGAUGGCUAAGCCAGGGAAAGGUGCUUCAAAGAUGUUUCGAGCUUCGUGAGGAGAUUUGUCUGUUCUUGGACAGCAAAGGGAAAGACACAACACAACUCCGAGACGAAAUGUUUCUGUGUGAAAUGGCUUUUCUGUGUGACAUUACGAGUCAUCUGAAUGCAAUGAACUUGCAGCUGCAGGGUCGGGAUCAUGUCAUCUCUGAUAUGUACAGUACAGUGAAGGCAUUUAAAACCAAACUGACUCUGUGGGAGACGCAGAUGCGGAAAGAAAAUUUGAGCCACUUUCCCAGCUGCCAGACCAUGAAAGAGAAGCUCUCUACCAGUGCGUUCCCGAGCGCACAGUUGGCUGAUAAAAUAGGUAUGCUUGCCGCUGACUUUCGACGCCGAUUUGCUGACUUUGAAGCACAAAAAAGCAGGUUGGAACUGCUCGGUAACCCAUUUGCUGUUGACGUGGAAAGCUCACCACCAAACCUCCAAAUGGAGUUGAUUGACCUCCAAUGCAAUGAUGCACUGAGGGCAAAAUAUGCGGCAGUGGGUGCUGCGGAGUUCGCCCGUUUCCUCCCCGACACAAUGCCCCAGCUGCGCAUCCAGGCUGCUCAAACGUUGUCUAUGUUUGGCAGCACAUACCUGUGUGAACAACUGUUUUCUUUGAUGAACCUGAACAAAACAUCACACAGAAGUCGACUUACUGCUGAACACCUCCACUCAAUUCUGAGGAUUUCCUCAGCUCAGAGCCUUACCCCGAACAUUGAUGAACUUGUGGAAAAGAUGGGACACCACCAAGUAUCACCCUCAACCUCAAACAAGUGAACAUUACUGUGCAAUCACAUUUUUAGAGUUUUUACUCAGUUCAAGUUUAAAAGUUAAAGUUUAAUAUUUGUUUUCACUGCAUGUUACUUCUCCUUAAACAAAGUGUUGUUUUUGAUUAAUAGAUUUUUGCACUUUAUUUUAUUGUAUUUCAAUCCAAUUAUAUUUUAAAAAUAUUUCAGUUGAGUGGAUGAUAGAAAAUUGCUAUUAUUGUUUUUUUCUUUGAAGUAAAUUUAGCCCACUUUUGCUAAAAUAGAAAAUAUAGGCUACUGAUGGUGCCUUGAAUACCGGUUUCUUUCAUUUAAUGUUCAUGUUAUGGGGAUUUUUAUAUAAAGGAAAUUUGUCUUUUGUGUCUGUUGAAAAUUAAAGAUUACUGACAGAGCCAUAAGAAAAUAUUGCUUUAUUUAUCUGAUAAUAUUGGAAUAUAUUUGUUAGGUUUUCAGUAGGUUCAAUUAGGUUCACUAGACUAUAUGCGUCAUUUAAACAUUUUUCAAUGAACAUUCGAACAGUCCGGCCCUCGGCUUGUAGCUAAAUUUUUUAUUUGGCCCUCCGUCCAUUUGACUUUGAC